AGACUCAGUCAGACUCCCACAUUCUCACCAUCGUGACAGAAUCAGAUAUGGAGGAAUUAUAUUGCAGCACUGGACAUUCUCACUUCCUCCCGCAUCUGAUGCGAUAGUUUCAACUUGGAGAAGAGAUGCGAUUUCUCCUUUGGUUGCUACCGCUGUUGUCGAGCUCGGCUAUCCAUGCAGGACGAGAUUAUGACAGCUACACCUAUUAUGUGUUCGAGUAUGCUAAAGAGUCCACCGAAGGGAUCCGUGUGCCCUUAAAAGACAUCCAUCGAGCGUUCGGAGUCGAAAUCGUAGAACAAGUGGGAGCAUUGCAGGACCAUUGGCUCGUCAGGAGGAAGAAAUCCUCCGAAGAGAAAGUUAGCAGACACACACAGGAACACGAAGAUUCCGUUUUGGCUCGCUUUAGAGAACUUCUUUCUUUGAAGGCGCCGGACAAUAUUGGGUCUCGUUCAAAUGGCGUUUCCACAAACUUCACUGCCAUGCUCAAGUCCAUUUCUUUCCAGACUCCACGACAGCGGGUCAAACGUGCAUCUCCGCCGAUUCCGACUCCUUCAAAAGCUUUAGGCGUUGCUGAACAAUUGGGAAUUGAGGACCCUUUGUUUCCCGAACAGUGGCAUCUGGUUAAUGAUGAAUUCUCUGAACAUAUGAUGAAUGUAACAGGUGUUUGGGGAAUGGGGUACAAAGGAGAGGGUGUCAUUUCAUCUUUGAUAGAUGAUGGGUUGGAUUACACCAGUAGCGACUUAGCGGACAAUUUCGACGCCGCCAACUCUUACGAUUUUAACGACGACGUCGCUUUGCCCACACCAAAACUAUUCGAUGAUACACAUGGGACGCGUUGUGCAGGGCAAAUCGCUGCCGUGAAAAAUGGUGUUUGCGGAGUUGGAAUAGCUUACGAGUCUCGAGUGGCUGGUGUUCGUAUUCUGUCGGGACCGAUAUCUGAUGCAGACGAGGCCAUUGCGUUGAAUUAUGGAUAUCAGAACGUUUCUAUCUACAGCUGCAGUUGGGGUCCACCCGAUGACGGGAGAACCAUGGAGGGUCCCGAUCGUAUCAUUAGGAAAGCUAUGCUCGAGGGUAUCAAUAACGGUCGAGGGGGCAAAGGGUCUGUCUUCGUGUUUGCCAGCGGUAAUGGUGCCGCCAGUGGAGAUCAGUGCAAUUUUGAUGGUUACACGAACAGUAUCUGGUCCGUCACAGUGUCCGCCGUGGACUACAAGGGCUUACACCCAUAUUAUUCUGAAUCUUGUGCGGCAAAUAUGGCCGUUGCGUACAGCUCAGGUAGCGGGAAAAGUAUUGUCACAACUGACAAAGGUAAAAGUAAAUGUACAUAUUAUCAUGGUGGUACAUCUGCUGCGGCACCUAAUGCAGUCGGAGUAUUCGCACUCGCCCUCCAAGCAAGACCAGAUCUAACAUGGCGCGACAUUCAAUACUUGUGCGUCGAGACUGCCCGCCAAGAGUUCCUGGCCGAUGCAGAAUGGGAAACUACAGCCAUUGGACGAAAGUACAGUUACAAAUAUGGAUAUGGGGCUUUGGACGGAUACAGAUUUGUUACAGCAGCCCUCGAAUGGCAACUCGUCAAGCCUCAAUCAUGGCUCCAAACAUCAAAUUCACAGUUGGCGGAUGGGGUGAUGACGGAGGACGGCAAUUUUACUGGAGGUGCAUUUAUCCCUAUGGAUGGAGUGACAAGUACGAUUGCGAUCGGUAAAGGUGAUCUCUUAAGGCAUAACCUUGAAAAAAUAGAGCAUAUCAAUGUGAAGGUUUGGAUAGGACAUGCAAGAAGGGGAGAGGUGGAAGUAGAGGUCGUAAGCCCGAAUGGUAUCAAGAGUAUACUCGCCGGAGCGAGGAAAGGAGAUAUUGCUAGUACUGGUUUCCCGGGAUGGACUUUUAUGUCUGUGAAACACUGGGGAGAGGAUCCCGUCGGAAAUUGGACCAUACGGGUUUGGGAUGCAGUCAACGAACAGCAUAAUGGAACCUUUUUGGGUUGGAAUAUGUUACUUUGGGGACCAGCUAUAGAUCCAUCUCGAGCCAAGAAAUACGAACUUCCUUUAGAUGACUUUGUAUUUCCACCCCACGAUGAUUUAGCGCUUCCGCCUCUUCCCUCAGCGAGCGUUACGCGCCUCUACGUCAAGCCAACUUCGUUCCUUGGAAGUGAAAAUAGCACGAACUCUCCACCAUACGGUUCAAGCUGGUUCCCUGGCCUCGGUAAGCUCGUAGCUUGUCAGAGAUGGGUUUUUGCUGGGAUUGGCUUGUUCGCAGUUCUUGGGAUUACCGUAACCAUAGUUGUCUGGAGACGGCAAGUUUCAGUACGGGGGCAGCCUGAGUUCGAUAGCGAUGAUGGUUUCUCUAUGAGAUCUUUCGACGGUGACCAGGAAACGACGCUGCGAGGAGUUGAUGAUACCAUUCGGAACGACGAUGCUGAGGUUGGCCAACCUCUGUUGAGGACUCCUUCAACGGACGAUGACUUGGGGGAUUACCGGGAAGAAGCUCACACAAAGCUCACAGGGCAUCAUGAACCUGGUGGCGGAGAGGGAAGUACGGGCAAUGGAGAUGGAAGUCGGGUCUAUACUUCCGGAUGAAAUAUCUUUUGUAUCUAGUACACACACUGCUGCUUGCACGUUAGCAUUGCGAAAAUUUGACCUCGC